CGGGCGGGGGAGUGGCUGGUUGGAGCGGCGUGGUUGGCAGGUGGGAGAGCGGCUGUUGGGGGCCGUUGGGGCGAGCGCGGCGCGGGGAGCCCUCGCGGCCGGGCCGGGCCGGGCCGGGCCGGGCCGGGCCGCUACGCUACGCUACGCUACGCGCCGGUACGCGCGCUCUGGCUCUGGCUCUGGCUCUGGCUCUGGCUCUGGCUCUGGAGAGGCGGGUGGCGGCGCUGGCACCCGGCCCUGGCACUUUUGACGCCCUCGCCUUGACAUGCUGUACCUGGUAGGACUGGGCUUGGGAGAUGCUAAGGACAUCACGGUGAAAGGUCUGGAGGUGGUGAGGCAGUGCCGCAGGGUGUACCUAGAGGCCUACACGUCCAUCCUCACUGUAGGGAAGGAAGCGCUGGAAGAGUUUUAUGGAAAAGAACUGAUUUUGGCUGAUCGAGAAACAGUGGAACAAGAAGCAGAUAGCAUUUUAAAAGAAGCUGAUGUUUGUGAUGUUGCUUUUCUUGUGGUUGGUGAUCCCUUUGGGGCCACGACGCACAGUGAUUUAGUACUGCGUGCAGUAAAACUGGGGAUUCCAUACAGGGUCAUUCAUAAUGCUUCAAUAAUGAAUGCAGUGGGCUGCUGUGGUUUACAGUUGUACAAUUUUGGAGAAACAGUUUCUAUAGUUUUCUGGACAGAUGCAUGGAAGCCAGAAAGUUUUUUUGACAAGAUCACGAAGAACAGGCAGAAUGGAAUGCACACACUGUGCUUACUUGACAUUAAAGUGAAGGAGCAGUCUCUGGAGAAUCUAAUGAAGGGAAGGAAGGUAUACGAGCCACCACGCUACAUGAGUGUGAACCAAGCUGCAGAACAGCUUCUUACCAUUAUUAAAAAUAGGAGACUCCAAGGAGAAGAACCAGAAAUUACUGAAAACACCAUUUGUGUUGGCCUUGCACGUGUGGGUGCUCCAGAUCAGAAAAUUGCUUCUGGCACACUACAUCAGAUGUCUACUGUGGAAUUAGGUGGCCCGCUACAUUCCAUGAUUGUAACAGGCUCUAUGCAUCCUCUGGAAUUAGAAAUGCUUAAGCUUUUUUCUGUUGAUAGCUGUUCCAACUCUGAAAAUAAUGCAUUUAAAAGGACCAUUUAAAUAAAAAUGGAGCAUUUUAAGUUUUUA